AGGGAAUAAAACAUGCCAGCAUCCUUGAGAAAACUUCGGCAAAUGGCUAUUUAUCUGGGACUUUUAUCUACUGGAGGAAGUGCUCUUAUGUAUUAUUUCAUGCAAAAGAGUUUUGCAAGAACACAAUACUAUCAGAAGGCUCUUGAACAGCUUCAUAAAGACCCAGCAGCCCUGGAGGCACUUGGUGCUCCUCCUGUCAAAGUACAUUUCGUCAGACUGACAGACAAGAGUAAUUGCGUGGAUGUAUCACAAGCUCAGCUAAAGAUACCUGUGUCCGGAACAAAGGCAGCUGGAUAUCUUCAAGUCAGCUCAGAAAAAGAUUUCUCCCUUAACAAGUGCUUCUUUGUAAUCUGAUCAUCUCCUACAUUUGAGCUCAGUUGACACAUGCAGCAGUAUUUAGGUGCUCUUCCGCAUUGUACAGCUGUUUGUGAAGCCAGUUCCAGCUGACUGAUGUACAAGCAGUUGGACUGCAAGCAACUAUUCAUAUGAUCUGCACGCUUAAAUCAGGCUCAGGUUUCAGGUGAUC